AACAUGGCGGACGGAUGAUGUGAACAUGUGAACGUUUGAGUUGUAAAGAGCAGGUCAUCUUAAUAAUUUUGUAGAUUAAAACUCCCAGCAUGGGCAAAGAAAAGGCAGGAGCAUUAACACCAAAAGCCAUAUCGAAUAGGAUUAAAGCUAAAGGUUUGCAGAAGCUGCGAUGGUAUUGUCAAAUGUGUCAGAAACAAUGCCGAGAUGAGAAUGGAUUCAAGUGCCACACUAUGUCGGAAUCACACCAACGCCAGCUUCUGCUAUUAGCAGAAGAUGUCGACAAGUACAUGGAUACUUUCUCCAAGGAGUUCCAAGAUACUUUUCUAAAGCUUUUGAAGAGACAGUUUGGAACUCGUAGAGUGAGGGCUAAUCAAGUUUAUCAGGAUUACAUCAGUGACAGGCAUCAUACUCACAUGAAUGCAACUCAGUGGGAAACUCUAACUGAAUUUGUAAAGUGGCUGGGGAAGGAAGGACACUGCAAGGUAGAUGAAACAGAAAAAGGGUGGUUUAUUGCAUACAUCGACAGGGAUCCUGACACCAUAGAGAGGCAAAAGGCAGCUGCGGCUAAAGAAAAGAUGGAGAUGGAUGAUGAGGAAAGACGAACUAAGCUUCUUGAAAGGCAAAUUGAAAGAGAAAGAGCAAGGAAAGUAGAUGAGCCAGAACCAGUCUUCACAGAGCUCAAACGAGACAAGGAAGAAGAAAAAGGUUUGCCAGAUUGAUUGUCAG